CCGCCCCCCCUCCCGUCCUCCGCCCGGGACCUGAGCGCGCUCAGAGCCGCUUCGGAGCGCAGUCUCCUGCUGAAGACAGGAGCGAAGCAGCCAAAGCGAGUGGGGACAGACUCGCCGCACACCGGGCAUCUGAACAGGGACUCGCGGCUGCAGGACCGCCUGCUCCGGAGACGCAGCAGCCGCGGCGGCGCCGGAGGACUCCCCGCCACCCGCCCUCGGUGCACCUGGCGUCCCGGCUCCGAGCAGGCACCCGAGCUGUGGCCGCACUCCCCGGGCGCCUCCCGCCGCCGCUGCAGCCUGGGGGAGCCCAGAGCCCGGAGCUCAGCAGAGCUGGGGGCCGGAGCCGAGAGCGCGGCUGCAAAACCGCAAGCCGGGUGAUUGGGCACGGCGGGUGGCGACGGCAGGACACAGGAAAGCCCGAGGGUCGCGCACUUGGGGCCGCCCGGCUGCGACCCGCAGGGACGGCAGCUGAGCGCGGAGGCGAGGGAGCGGCGCGGCCCCGGCUGACCCGAAGGCACCGGCUCCCGGUCAGGUGCGCGCAGCAGGGCGGGAGGGGCGCGCCAUGGAGGCGCCCGGAGGCGCUGGUCCGCGCGACACCAAGUGAGGCGGCCCGGCCGGGGUCGGCGGCCUCGCGGGUCAUGUACGGCGACGUGUUCAACGCCACGGCCGGCCCGGAGGCGGCUGGAGGCGGCGCGCUGGCCCUGGCGGCCACGGUCAAGGCAGAGGGCGCUUUGCCGCUGGAGCUGGCCACGGCGCGCGGCAUGCGGGACGGCGCGGCCACAAAGCCCGACCUGCCCACCUACCUGCUGCUCUUCUUCUUGCUGCUGCUGUCUGUGGCGCUCGUCGUCCUCUUCAUAGGCUGCCAGCUGCGCCACUCGGCCUUCGCCGCGCUGCCCCACGACCGUUCGCUGCGCGACGCCCGCGCGCCCUGGAAGUCGCGGCCGGUGUAGCUGCGGGGUGAGCCCAGAGCCGGCCGGCUCAGUGUCCCGGUCUCACCCCCGGCCGCCAGUAGGAGCGGGGCAGGGCGAGCCCGACGCCGGGGGUCGCCGGCCCCUGGGCACGCGGCGCCCUGAUCCAAAGACCCUUUACGACCUCGAGCGGCAAGGCGGGCGUAAAGGGAGUCGGAGGCUUCGCGGGCUGCGUAGGGUCCCGAUCCCAGCAGCCGCGGGCUUCCAAGGUUCUGAUCCCCUGGAGGAGUCUCUUCCCCCUCCCCGGACAGCGGGUCUAGCCGGGGUGCCUUCCUGGAAGACGGCGCGCCAGCCCAGACCCAGAAGCCUUCCCCACCGCCUGCUGACUCCCUUACUUUGAACAACGGAGGGGCAAGCAUGGCUCGGCGAGAGCGUAACUAGCCAGGGGGGCUGCCUAAUCCAGACUCCCUGGCCGGGUGGCUGUCUUCCCGCGGCUGCUACCGCCUCUUCCACCCCUCGCCACCGAGGACCCCAGUCCCCCGAGAAUCCGAGAGUGAACUCAGCCGGACUUGCAAAUGAUGGCCUUUGGGGGCUGCGUCUCCUCAGGGAAGUGAGGGGAUGCUGACUUUAAGUAGGUCUCGCUCAGGUCCAAGGGUUCAGUUUUCUUUGUGGGCACGGGAGGGGAAGCUAGUCUAGAGGCACAGGGUCGCACCUGCAGCACCCUGUGGUCGGAGAUCCGCAUCCCGCAUCUCUAGGGACCACAUUUGUACAAUAAAACCUCACCGAAUUGGACCCAG